AUGUAUCUCAACACCCCCUCCUACCUCCUGCAGAUGCCCCUUUACCCUGACUGGUACUACGACGCGCGCACAGGCCAGAACGUACAGCUUGUGCCUGCCGUAGUAGAGCACCUGUAUCGACAAGAGCAAGAGGAGGUGAGACGGGCAAGGUAUUUCGGGUUCCAGGCAGCGCACUAUGCGGGUCCUGUCCAGGCACAGCCGCAGCUGAUUUCCAACCACGUGCAACCUUGUGGCUACGUGAAUAGCGGUGCGUGGCAGCAUGGGAGCCAGCAGUGGGCUGGUGGUCGCGAGGGGUUUGGCUUCGACCGUGUGCCGAGUCUGCGGCAGGUGUCUGGGCUGUCGAGGCAGCGUGUGCCCGAGUCGCUGUAUGCGCCAUAUGGGUAUGUCGACGCUUCGUUUGUGGAUGCCAGGGUUGUUGCUGGUGGCUAUAACGCUCCAGCCAUGCAGCCUGUGCAGCAGAUUCGGGCGAUGCCGAUGCCUACCGGGUUUCCUGCUCCUGUGUCGGCAAGCGUGGGUCGGGUGCUUUCACGCAUUCCGGCUGCUUCGAUGCCUGCUUCGAUGCCAGCUUCGAAUCUGGUCGUCGACCUCACUGGUGAUGAACCCGCUGGAGUACCUGCUCCGGCUCCGAAUUCGACCACUGCCGCGGCACAAGGUAAAGUUGCGAGCGAGGUCGAGCCCGCUCCAGCACCGGCUGCGCCAACUGGCCCUUCCGCUUGGACCAAGGGGAAAAAAUUCCUCGACAAGGUAUUGCCCGCCGGCAGCGAUUCCUCUCGGCUCUUCGAGUCGAUGAAAAGCAGACUCUCCGCCGCGCAACGAAGCAGAUUCUGCGACGCGCACUGGCCCACCGAGCAGGCCGCUCAUGAUGUCAUCCGCCAGAUGUCGAGGUAG